CUCCACCUCCUCGCACGCUGCCUACCAAACCCAGAUCGGCCAUUCAUCCAGCAUUUGCUGAAGCGGCAUCAUUUCCACCGUAGCCCUUUUGGAGCACAGCGAUGUUUUCCUGCAGAGCGGCCUUGCAGAGGUGUGGACCUCUGGCACGGAGAGCAGCCUAUAGGUUGCCUCGGGAUGUCCUGCAGAGGCGGCAGAUGUCAUCUGUUCCUGGCGGGUCUGGGGAGAACAUAGUCUACGCCUUGCUGUGUGGUGGAGCCUUCGUCGGCUCUAUAACAUAUGCAAUCAGCACUGUGACCUCAGACAGCGAGAGGUUCAAUGAUCGUGUUGCACAAAUCAAGGCCAGACCAAAGGCUGAUUGGGUCCCUAAACCAUGGCCACCAAAGAGCAGGGAUGAAGAAGAAGUCACGUACACUGUAAGCAGUGUGAUGUGGUUUCUAUCCAGCUCUGAUGAUGAUGAAGAGGAGGCUGGCUGUGAUAAAAGUGUAAUGUGGGAGGGGCUUGCUAUAUUAAACAAGGCUACUGACUCUCUAAUAUUCUUCUCCUUCUGCUUUUCUGUUCUAGGAGGAGAAGAGGAGGAGGCUGCAGCUGAGGAGGAGGCUGCAGCCGAGGAGGAGGAGGCAGCUGUUGCUGAGGAGGCCGGUGGAGAGGCCGAGGUUGAGGCUGUGGAAGAGGAACCUGUCGCUGCUGCUAACGGCGAGGCGGAGACCGUAGUGGAGGAGGUCGCGGAGGUUGUCGCGGAGGCUGCCGAGGUCGUCGCCGAGGUGGCCGAGGGCGUCGCCGAGGCCGCGCAGGAAGUGGAGAAGGUGGCGGAAGAAGUGGCCCAAGUGGCAGAAGCUGUCGAGGAGGCUGCCGAGGCUGUCGCAGAACCAGCGGCCGUCGCCGCCGAGGAGCCCGAAAGCAACGUGCUGCUGGCAGCUGCCUCUAUUCUAGAAGUACCGAAGAUACCUGAAGCAAUAGAAGAGUUGGCACCUGAGUCUCCAGCACCAGAAGAAGCAAAGCCUGUUGAAGACAUUGUACCAGUAGAGGUUGCACCAGCUGUUGAGGAGAUUGUGGCACCAGUAGAGGCUACACCAGUGGCUGAAGAGACCCCUGCAUCUGUUGUUGAGGCACCAGUGGUUGAAGAGGCUCCUGCACUAGUUGAGGAGGCACCAGUGGUUGAAGAGGCUCCUGCACCAGUUGAGGAGGCCCCAGUGGUUGAAGAGGCUCCUGCACUAGUUGAGGAGGCACCAGUGGUUGAAGAGGCUCCUGCACUAGUUGAGGAGGCACCAGUGGUUGAAGAGGCUCCUGCACCAGUUGAGGAGGCACCAGUGGUUGAAGAGGCUCCUGCACCAGUUGAGGAGGCACCAGUGGUUGAAGAGGCUCCUGCACCAGUUGAGGAGGCCCCAGUGGUUGAAGAGGCCCCUGCACCAGUUGAGGAGGCACCAGUGGUUGAAGAGGCCCCUGCACCAGUUGAGGAGGCACCAGUGGUUGAAGAGGCCCCUGCACCAGUUGAGGAGGCACCAGUGGUUGAAGAGGCCCCAGCACCAGUUGAGGAGGCACCAGUGGUUGUAGAGGCCCCAGCACCAGUUGAGGAGGAGUCAGUGGUUGAAGAGGCCCCUGCACCAGUUGAGGAGGCACCAGUGGUUGAAGAAGCCCCUGCACCAGUAGAGGCAGCACCUGUAGUUGAAGAGACCCCUGCACCAGUAGAGGCGGCAGCAGUUGUUGAAGAGACCCCCGCACAAGUAGAAGAAGUUCCAGCAGCCCCUGCUGCAGAAGUAGCCAGCUCUGUGGUGGAAGAACCAGCUGCAGCGCCAGUGGAGACCCUGGCAGAAGACCCCAAGAAAGAGUACAUUGUUGUGGUUCUGGAAGGAACACCUAACGCAGGAAAAAGGCCCAAGGUGCUGGGAGUGGGGCCCAUGGGUGGUAGGAUCAUCCCAGCUCCAGAUGAUGAUGACGCCCAUGCUGCUGAGGGUAAACGACGCCUCCUUAGGAUGCAAAUGCAGUAGUUCCAACUAAGUAAACUCCUGAAUGAUGACUUUAUCCUGCGGAAGAAGAGGAUGUGCCUUUCUCCAACACUUAUCCCCCCCUCCUUUCACCCUGAAACACAAGGGACUAAUAUGUAGUUCCUGUGUUAAGACACACACACUCUAGUGUUUGGAUCAAUGCCUGUUUAAUAUAAUAACCAUCCUAACAUGUUAGC